AUGAAUCCUCCGAUGACGGAACUAAGUUAUCAAGCUAUCCGCACAGCCAACCAGGCUCGGGAGGCGGAUGAGCUUAGGACUGAAAGUAGAAAAAAGAACUUACUGAUUUUAGUCCUGAAUUACAUGCAUGAAGAAGGCUAUCUAGACUCUGCACAAAGUUUAGCAAAGGAGACAAAUAUAGACCUAAGUAAAUAUGAGGUGUGUGAUAACAUUGACCUGGAGACAAUUCUUAUGGAGUAUGAGUCCUACUACUAUGUCAAAUUUGCCAAGUAUCCAAAGAUCACCAAGAAACUCACACAGAGUGGACAUCCAGCAGGUGAUGGGCGUGGUCGGGCUCCACACAAGAUGACACGAACAAACAGAAACAAUAAAGAAAGCAUUAGACGCAGAACCGAGUCUGGUCACUCUGGCAACAAAUCUGCAUCCACUACACCAUCACUUCCAAGGAUUCCUCAGAAUGCUCGUCCUCCUAGUCCUCCAACAUCUGGGCGUCCUAAGUCUGGUGCCAACCGCCAGAGGGCAGUGCAGUCGUCUACGCGGCCACGUGCUAAUGGACAUGACCGUCAAGAUAAGGUUAUGAAUGGAAUUCCUAAUGGAGAUAUGGGCCUAGCUUUACAAGGUCUGACUGUCCAGGGAUCCAACAGUAAUCCUGAUAACAGAAUCGUAGAAGAACCUUCCAAAAAAUUACGAGCGCCGGGCCAGAUAAUAGACAUCAGGUCAAUGAUAAAUGAGGCCACUAGGAUGUCUGCUGAAGAAGGUGCUGACCAGAAUGAUCGACUGUUGAAACCUCUAGGAGGAUAUGUAGGGUACAAUUCCGAAUGGAGGGAACUCGCCCAGGUUAUCAGUAGGGAUAUUUACUCACAAGACCCUAAUGUCAAGUGGGAUGAUAUUAUAGGUCUAGACGAAGCUAAACGUUUAUCCAAGGAAGCUGUAGUAUAUCCAAUUAAGUAUCCACAGUUAUUCAAAGGAAUACUGUCUCCAUGGAAAGGAUUGCUACUGUACGGCCCGCCUGGUACAGGAAAAACAUUAUUAGCAAAGGCAAUAGCCACAGAAUGUAAGACAACAUUCUUCAAUAUAUCUGCAUCUACUAUAGUCAGCAAAUGGAGAGGAGACUCAGAGAAGCUAGUCAGGGUGCUAUUUGAAAUGGCUAGAUAUUAUGCUCCCUCCACUAUAUUCCUUGAUGAAUUAGAAGCUAUAAUGAGUCAGAGAGGUUCCAGUGGUGGUGGUGGAGAACACGAAGGGAGCAGACGUAUGAAGACAGAGUUACUGGUGCAGAUGGAUGGUCUGGCUAAGACAGAUGAUCUUGUUUUCUUGUUAGCUGCCUCUAACUUACCAUGGGAAUUAGACCAAGCCAUGCUACGUCGACUUGAGAAGAGGAUAAUUGUUGACCUGCCUACAUAUGAGGCCAGGAAGGCCAUGUUUAGGUAUUAUCUACCACAUGUAGUAUGUCCUAAAGAAGGCGGGUUGGAACUCCUCUCUCACCUGGACUACGAACUGCUGGCAAAUAGAACAGAAAGUUAUUCUGGUUCUGACCUGAGGUUAGUGUGUAAAGAGGCUGCCAUGAGACCAGUUAGAAAAAUAUUUGAUGCUCUGGAAAAAAAUGACAAAGAUGGCGACCAGCUCCAUUUCAGGCUGGACACAAUAACGACCUCAGAUGUAUUAAAAGCUGUAGAUCGGACUAAACCCUCUGCCUCCAAACUGAAGGAAAAAUACAGUGCCUGGCAGAGAGAGUAUGAGUCUGUGUGA